AUGGCGGCGGAGCUAUCCACGACGCCAGUUCUAAUAAGAGACGACACCAAAUCCGAGGACGAGAAGGAAAAAAUCAAGGAUGAUCCCGAUGCAGUGGAGCUCAUCAGCGAAAACAAGACUGGUCGCAAGAUUCCCGCGCCCAGGAAGAUCAAAGAAGAGCCCACCGAGUAUGUCAAGAUUGACCUUACUCUUCCUGAUGGGGAGGAUGACAUGUUCGAGGACGUGGAUGAGCUUGACGAAGAUGGCAAUGAGAUUGUUGACCUCACGUACGAAGGAAUUGCUCAUGUCAACGGGGUACGGCAUUUCGUGUGCGAAGGCUUCAAAAUCCGCCAGAUCCCCGAGCCUUUUAUUGUCAAACGAACACUAAUUGACAUUUUCCGAUGCGUCGAGAGCAAAUCCAUUGUUCUUGACCCAGAUUACCAGAGAGAGGAGGUAUGGGACGAAGGUCGAGCUUCUCUGUUGAUCACUUCCAUGUUGAUGGGAUAUUUUAUCCCUCCCAUCAUCUUCAACGUCAAGAAGAAAAUAGUUCAGGUCGAUGGCCGGGACGAGGAGCGCUUCCUGCGUACCUGUGUCGACGGCAAACAGCGCCUGACUUCCAUCUAUAAGUUCAUGAAGGGCAAAAUCGGGUUUCUCGAUACCAAUACCCCUCAGAAGAAGUGGUUUUUCUGCCACCCGAUCAUCAAUGGCCAGAUCCAAAUUAGCAAUCGCAACGUCCUACCCAACGCAGUCAAGAAGUUCUUCGAGAAGCAAUUCUUUUGUUGCUACGAGUACGAGGACUUGACGCCCGAUACAGAGGAGACCAUGUUCCAGCUCGUCCAACGUGGCAUAGCUCUCACCCCGGCCGAGAAAAUGCGAACCAUGUCCACCGAAUGGGCAGCCUUCACCCGCCAAUUCGAAGACGACUACGCUCUCAUCGUCAAUCUAUCCAAACAAAGCCGCGCCUCUGGCUUCCGCCUCAUCCUAACAAUCUUCAACAUGAUCCGCGAAAUUUUCUCAUCGCCGCGCCGUAAGCGCUACUCGCGCUCCUCAUCAUCCCACCGUACCCUAUCCACCCCUCCCUUACAAGCAUCUCCACAGGCCCUUUUGCGGCUCCUUGACUCCAAAACCCCCAUCCCCUUACCCUUGAAAGCAACACUGAAAGCAGUAUUUACACGCUACGAGCACCUCGUCAAGCUCUCCUCCACCCAGAUAACAGCCACCCGCUUCAAAGUCAACACGGACUCCGCCUUCGACCCCGCGCCCAAGUACCUGCGCGCCAACAUCCUGAUGGGCGAAGGCACCGGCCACGUGCGGACCUUCAGCCCCCUGGAACUCGUCUCCGCCGCGAUCUUGGUCGCCGUGCACAUGGAGCACCGAGACGACGACCAGCUGCUGGAAGACGUGAAAGAGAUGCGCACCUUCAUGCGCCGGAAGCACAAGGACCUCCGUGUCAACGCCCAAUGCUGGGCCACCGGCUGGACCUUCAUCACCAGCGAGAUGGACGUGCGGAGGAGCUACAAGGGGAAGCUGCAUCGGAGCAUCGAGGGCAAGUCGUCCGGUGCGCGCAUGGACACGGAUGGGGAUGAGAGCCCGUUGAGCUCGGUGCCUACCUCGGACUCGGAGUCGGGGUCGGAAUCGCAGGAGGAGCCGCUUUUCAGCAAGAAGAAGGCUUUAGGAACGAGGUCGCAAACUCGUCGGAAAGUGAGCGGGAGUGGUGGCGCUGGUUCUAGUCGGAAGGGAAAGGGGAAAGGAAAGGGGAAGAUCUUCAAGUCGGGUCAGGUUGCGAAGCGGCCGAAGCCAAAGAGGAGGAGGAAGACGCCUAUCGAACCUGUGUUUGAGAAUCUGGAGUAG